AUGGGUUAUGAACCCAAGCUCGGCCCUGUGAAUUUUGGGUUUAAUAGCUCAAAAUUAAAAAUUGCCGUGAUUAGAUGCUUUAUGGGUUCCAGCAGCCCUGGUGGCUCCACAGUUGUAGUCAAAGAAGCAGUUCCAAUCUUAAGGCCCAAAGCGGUCAUCUGUGUGGGUUACUGUGCUAGCAUGGACGAGAAGAAAGCUAAGCUUGGUGAUGUCAUUGUAUCUGCCAAGUUGAUAACCUGCGCUUUAAACAGGGUGGGGGAGAACGGGAUCGAAGAACACGGCGAAAUUGUUCCUCCACAGCAGCGUAUGGCUAAACUCAUCAAGCUUGCCGGGGCAGGUUGA